UCGUCAAUGUUUUUGAUUAACUAUUUUGUCUUCUUUCAUAAUUUUGGAGCUUCUUCCAGUUCGUAGCAAUUUCAUUUGAUGACAAAGUAUUUUUGGAUCAUCAGUUUUCACCUUUUCCAAUCAAUCAACUCGAUUCACUUUCUUUUUCUCUCUUUCUCUCUCCUUGUCUCUUUCUUUCUUAUGUUUCUCCAUGUUGAGAAUCUGUAAACAGAUUUUUCUUCCCAUUGGUAAAAAUUGUAACCUGAUGUUCAUUGUUUUCUUUGUGUCUACAGAUCUCAUCAGUUGAAAACAUAACAACUCCCUGAUUUUGGUGAGAAUUUGAUUAGUGCAAAUCUCACUCAACAAUCUUUAUUAUUAGAAAUAAACAUCGUCAUUGAAUCGUGACCACAGAAUCAAAGCUUUUCAGGUGUGGCAUUUGAGUGGAAACAACAAUAAGUUAAAAACGAACCUUGUUUUCAUUUUUUCUGCUUUAUUUGCAUUUAAAUAGUGAUACAGUUUGAACAAAGAAUGAAUUCUGCUUCAGUGAAACAAGUCACCGUUACUCAUCCUGGAGGAAGUAAAGCCAAACCAACUGCUGGAAAAAAGAAACACUCAUUGCAAGCGGACCAUUUAGAUUCUGAGAAGCGAUUACAACAAUGCAAAGAAGAAAGUUCAAAGCGUCUUGAUCUCACCAAAUGUAGUAUCACAACACUACCUGGAUCCAUUAAGGAACUUACCCAUCUUACUGAAUUAUACCUUUACCAGAACAAAUUAACUAAUUUACCUCAAGAAAUUGGUUGUCUUAUUAAUCUUGAGAAAUUAGCUGCUAAUGAAAAUAUUCUGGUCGGUUUACCAGAUUCUCUUGUCAAUUUAAAAAAGAUCAAAGUUCUUGACUUAAGACACAAUAAGCUCAACGAAAUCCCACCAGUUGUUUACCAAUUAACAUCAUUGUCCAUUUUGCAUUUACGCUACAAUCGGAUUAAAGUCGUAGAAGACGAUAUAGCAAAUUUAUCUAAUUUAACGAUUUUGAGUCUUCGAGAGAAUAAAAUAAAAGAGUUGCCUGCAGGGAUUGGUCGUUUGGUUAAUUUGGCAACACUUGAUGCCUCGAAUAAUCAUCUCGAGCGAUUACCUCCUGAGAUUGGUGAUUGUGUUCAACUGAACAACCUUGACGUUCAACAUAACGAGCUUGCCGAUAUUCCAGCCACUAUUGGUAGUCUAGUUAAUUUAACCAGAUUAGAAUUGAGAUAUAAUAGAUUACAGUCAAUUCCGGAAUCUCUUAGUAAUUGUAUCCAAAUAACUGAGUUUAACGUUGAAAACAAUGCUCUUUCGUCAUUACCCGAUGGCCUCUUGUCUAGUCUGACAAAACUGACCACUUUGACCCUUUCACGAAAUCAAUUUUCCUCUUAUCCUGCUGGUGGACCUUCACAAUUCUGUAAUGUUGAUUCAAUUAACAUGGAGCACAACAGAAUCAACCGAAUACCUUAUGGAAUAUUUUCUCGAGCUAAAAAUCUAACAAAAUUGAACAUGAAAGACAAUCAAUUGACUGCACUUCCUCUCGAUAUUGGUACUUGGGAGAAUAUGGUUGAAUUGAAUUUAGGAACUAAUCAAUUAUCUAAUUUACCUGAUGACAUUGGACGAUUAGAGAACCUUGAAGUUCUUAUUUUAUCGAACAAUAUUCUUAAAAAAUUACCAUAUACAAUAGGACGUCUCAAUAGUCUCAAGGUUUUAGAUUUAGAAGAGAAUAAAUUGGAAUCACUUCCCAACGAGAUUGGCUCUCUGCGUGAAUUGAGAAGACUAAUAUUGCAAAGUAAUCAACUACAAAUGCUCCCUAGAGCAAUUGGUCGUCUUUUUAAUCUUGAAUAUUUAAGUGUAGGAGAAAAUAAUUUGACUUCUAUUCCUGUAGAAAUCGGUACAUUGGAGAAAUUAGAUACACUUUAUAUUAAUGAUAAUCGCAAUUUACACAAUCUACCUUAUGAAUUGGCUCUUUGCUCAAGUUUACAAAUCAUGAGCAUUGAGAAUUGUCCUCUCUCCGAAAUACCCGCUGAAAUAGUCAAUGGUGGUCCAUCUCAUGUAAUCCAGUAUUUAAGGAUGAAAGGUCCAUAUCGUUCCAUGUGAAUUGACCACUACAACAAAAGGAAAAGAAAAGGAAAAGAGACAAACAAUCUGCUAACUUUGUGUGUCAAUUUCGCUGGUUCUUUACCAAUGUUAAUUUCUCUUGUUAUCGCAGCCAUUCCUAAAUCAUAAAUCGAUUCUGAUUCUUCACAUGACACAACAAUUACAUCUUCUCAAAACAAUACACACAAAAUCACUCAUUUGUUGCCAAAAUGAUCAGUCUUCUCAUCUACUUUUAGCCAAUUCUUUCGCUCCAUCUUCUCUUUCAUCAUCUUUCAUCAUCCACUUUCACUUUCUUUUCUCUCCAACUUUUAAACUCUUUCCAUUAAAUCAAUUAUCAACUGCAUCUCCUUUUUAUCUUAACGAUGGAAAUCAAGCCCCGAAAAUGCGAAACGUAUUCAUCAAGCAUCUAAAACACAACAAACAUCAAUUUUUAUUCAUCAACUUUCUGAUUAAUUUGUUGUUUAAGUUCCAAAGAGAACUUGUUAAUUGUACUCAACCAUCUCUCAUUUGGUUUCUUCUCAUCAUGAUGAUCAUUAUCAUCUUCAUUUCCUCCCUCCUAUUAUUCAUUCUGGAUUUAGAUCAUGUUACCUCUUGUCAUUUUCAUUCUAAAUGAAUCUUAUCAUGAAAAUACACAACAAACAAACAGAAAACUGAUUCAAACAAAUGA